UAUCCAUAUAGCUCUGCGUAUUUCCCAGGCAACCCUUCUUCUACGGCGAAGAAACCCUAGGCAUCGUUAUCCAUAUCAGUUAGCAGAGUACCAAGGAGAUCACGAGAAGAAAUGGCAGGCAUUGGACCGAUCUCGCAGGACUGGGAGCCGGUGGUCAUCCGCAAGAAGGCCCCCAACGCCGCCGCCAAGAAGGAUGAGAAGGCCGUCAACGCCGCCCGCCGUUCCGGCGCCGAUAUCGAAACCGUCAAAAAAUUUAACGCCGGGACUAACAGAGCUGCUUCCAGCAGCACUUCUUUGAAUACGAAGAAGCUUGACGAUGAAAGCGAGAACCUUGCCCAUGAGCGUGUGCCCACUGAGUUGAAGAAAUGUAUACAGCAGGCCCGAAUGGACAAGAAGCUCACUCAGGCUCAACUAGCACAGAUAAUCAAUGAAAAGCCACAAAUCAUCCAAGAGUAUGAGUCGGGGAAAGCAAUACCGAACCAACAGAUAAUCGUCAAACUGGAGAGGGCUCUCGGGGUGAAACUGCGUGGGAAGAAGUGAAGCUCAUCAUGAUGGAAAUAAAACCUAAGAAUUAUGUCAGUAAUGCUGCACUCAGUUCUGGUGGUGUUGCACUUGGAAAAUGCUUCGGCUUCUGGUUUAUGAGUGGAGGUGUGCAGGAGUGUUUGUUUCUGUUAAUACUAAUGAUGGGAUUACUACUACUAUUCUACUAAGUGUUACCCUUUCGUGUUAUCGAGUAAUAAAGAUUCUGGUUUCUGCUUCC